AUGGCAAGAUCGGGGUGGAUUGCUGUGUAUCGGAAAAAGUAUUGUGAUGAAUUAUUGACGAAGGCAGUUACUUUAGUGAACGAAGUCAAUCAGGGCGACGACGAUGAUGUAUCGGGACAAAAGAAGAUUUUAAGCAUCUACAUACAAGGCGGUUGUACUUAG